UGAAAUCAUCGUAGUUUAUUCAUAUUUAAUUUAUUUUGAUAAUUUUUGGCAAUUGAUCAUUGGUCUUUUUGCAUCGUUUUUUCUCAUUUUGUGGGAAAUGACAGUUUUAAAAAGUGGAGAUGAUGGGGUUUAGUUUUACCCUUGCCGUAUUUUACCAUCAUGCUGAACUUCCGGUGUCAGUAGAUUCAUUGAGAAAUGGAAUUUUCAAAACUGUGUGUUUUCUUUGGUCUUGCUGCAAUGUUACAUGCGGCAUACUCAGCUGCACAACGACCUACCUUCGAUUGACAGAGCAGGAAUUCACCACUUUACCGAUUGAUAUUAUAGUUCAGUGUUUUGUGGGACUGCUAUUGACUUGUUAUGGGGUUGUCCAUGUGGCUGGAUCUUUCAGAGAAAUCUGUGCCAGUGCAGAGCUUGAAUCAAAGACUUGGGAUAUGUUAAGCAAUAGACAAGCCUUUUACUCCUUCUGUCAUAGAGGUAUGGCCAUCAAUUACAGAGAAGAGGACAAUGAAGACAGCUGAUGAAGAAAGUGAGCUUGUGGGCAAACAAUACCAAAGGAUGUUCAUGUGAAAUAAACUAAUGUAAAGGGCAGUCUAGUGGAUCAGUGUCCAGAUCUCGUGUCAGAAUUUUGUGUAUUGUGAAUGAUGUAUGUGAAUGUUUCUCUGUGUAAGA